CGAGAUUGUCGGAGGGAGAUCAUGCGCGAAUACAAAGCAAGCAGCGCAGAAGACCUUCUGGAGGCGAUGCCAUUAGCCGAACUCUCAGAAUCUGACUUACUUGAAAUUCUCACAGCCGACGAAAUUCUGCGCACCAAAAUUAUCGAAAAAUACACAGUAGACGACUCGUCAAAUGUUGCUGCUAGAGACUCUUCGGGAGACGACGACGAGGACGAAGGUCACAACAGUGGCAGAAACACAGGGCGUAGUCGGGCCAGCAGCGAAGUCGUGCGUGGCGCAGAAAACAAGGCGCCGAAUGAAGAAAAACAAGGUGGCUCUGCUGUCGCAGUAAAUGAUCGGACUCUACUUCAGGAGAAAGAGGAAAGG